AUGACUGAGAUAGAGGCUUCGAAUAUGCUUGUCGCUAUUCGUGUACGGCCUCUGAGCCAAAAAGAGACUAGUGUUAAUGAUAAAGAUAUUAUAAGGGUAGAAGACCAUCUCCUUAUUGUCCUGGACAUGAAUGAUUUUGAAGACCGAAAAAAUAUUCUUCAUAGAUCAAGGGAGCAGCGUUAUGUCUUUGAUAGAAUUUUCAAGGAUGCGGCAAAUGAAGAAGUUUUUCAAAGUACAGUCCAAGACUUGAUCCACCCAGCACUGUCUGGCAUCAAUGCGUGUGUUUUUGCAUAUGGACCUACAGGUUCCGGGAAAACAUAUACUAUGAUUGGUACCAAUGAUGACCCAGGAAUCGCAGUUUUGACUAUUAGAGAGAUGUUUAAACAAAUUGAAAGUGACACUGAUAAGAUCUAUGAAAUCAAAAUUUCUUAUGUGGAAAUUUGGUGAAGACAUAAUAAUUUAUCACUAUUUUUAAUUUUUUUUUAAAAAAUUUCUAACACCCUAGGAAAUUUACAAUGAAGCCAUCAGAGAUCUUUUGAUUCCCAACUCAGGCUACCUUGACCUCCGUGACGACCCAAUACGAGGAGUUGUGAUUGCAGGAGUUUCUGAGUUUUCAGUUGAAAGCACAGACCAAGUCAUGAGCUUGAUCACAGCAGGCAAUAAACGAAGGACAACUGAAGCUACAAACGCAAACCAAACUUCAUCUAGAUCCCAUGCUGUUUUCCAAGCUAUGAUUUCUCAGCGCGACAGGGUUACAGAUACAGUCCUUGACGUCUUUCAAGGCAAGCUUUCACUUAUUGACUUAGCAGGCUCUGAAAGAGGGACUGUAACUGAAAACAGAGGUCUGCGGCUGCUUGAAGGGUCAAAAAUCAACAGGUCUUUGCUAGCUCUCGCUAACUGCAUUAAUGCUCUUGGCGACAAAACAAAAAAAGGCGUUUUCGUGCCUUAUAGAGACUCAAAACUUACCAGAAUGCUAAAAGACUCCUUAGGCGGAAACUGCAAAACCAUCAUGAUUUCCAAUAUUUCCCCAGCCGCGUCUCAAUUUGAAGAAAUUGUGAACACAUUAAAAUAUGCCAGCAGAGCCAAAAAUAUCAAAUAUAAAGUACAAGCCAACAAAAAGCUUGUGGCUCUCCACAUAACAGAGUACAAAAACAUCAUUUCUGUAAGUUUUAUAUAGGAUUUGCGCUCAGAAAUAGAAUCUUUAAGGUCCCAGCUGCACACUAAUCCAACUAUCCAAAGUAAUCCAACUGACUUUGGAGAGUGCAAGUAUCAUAGUAAUAAAAUUGAAGAAGACAUUGAGAUGAAAAAGCUGCAGGCUGAAAUUUUUGAAAAUUUCCAGGAGAGAAUUCAGCUAAGACGGGCUUUAUUAGAAUUAUACUGUUAAAAAUUUUAUUAUGUUUAAUUUUUCUAUGACUAUUAUCAAUUAAUAGUGGCAUUAUCUUUUAUGGGCCGAUGCUAUAUUUACCAUAUGAAAUAGGCUAAGCUUCCAAUAUUAAGAAUUUUCUAUUUAUUUUAAAUGGGGAUAUAUAAAAAUAUAUAAAAAAAUACAUAGGAAAUAGUAUAGAAGAACAAAAUUCUUUAAAUGUCUUAGAAAUCAAAAGAAGACAAGCUGAAGUCCUUAUCUGAAAACGGCAAGAAGAGCUCAAAGACUUGCCUAAAUACGAAGAGGGGCGGCCUUUAUCAGCAGUUCCUCCACACGUAAGAAAGCAGUUUAAAGACAUCCAAAUGCUAAAAGCUAGCACUGUAAUUUAUAAUUUAGGAUAAAAAUAACCAAAGAAAAGAAUUCAUGCUGGUGCAGCUUCAAGAAAACAUGGCACGAGGCACCCAAAUCAGAAGUUCAAUAGGGACAAGAGUCCUUAUACAAGACAAGCGAGACUUCUUAGAGCUACUAAUAAAAAGCCAUAUCCUUGAGCAAACUAAUGUGGAGCUUGAGGUGCAGCUACUAAUUCAAGAAAAAACAAUAACAGAUUUACAGAAUUUGGUGCUUUCACAGAAAAGACUGUUAGAAGAGCAAGGAAUUGACGAUGGGUCUUCACUGUGAAAUAAAGUUGAUAAUUUGACCCCACCAGUAGAAGAAAGCUUAGAAGAUGUAGAAAUGUCUGAAGAAGAAUUAUAGGCAUUACAAAGGAAUUUUAUAAAUAAAUAUAAGAAAUUUCCUUUUUUAUAUAAAAAUAUAGAUCAGAUUUCAGAAAUUUUUGAUAGGGUUGAUUAAAAUAGGACAAAAUUGGAUGGAUAUGAUUUUACUACGCCAGCAGACGAAGAAGAAGAAAUUCCUAUAGAAGAAGACGAAGAUUUUGAAAGAAGCGAGCUAUUGUUAGCGACCAGCAAAGUGUCAGCUGAUAUUGACAAUACUGAUAAAGAGAUGGGAAUGAUGCUACAAGGCAGAGCGCUCAUUAAAAAACAGCAGGAGACUGAAAGCAAGGUCAAAGCAGAAACAGUCCAGCCUAAAGUGGACCUUGGGCCGAGUCCUGGGCUUGGACUAAUUAUCAAUGGAAAAAUCAUAGAUGAUGGACUUAAUAAUAAAAAACUCAGCGUGCCAAAAGCAGUAAAGCCUGCAAAGAAAAAAGGAGCUGAUGUAUAUCGUAAGAAAAAAUAA